AUAAUGAUGCUUGCAUCCGUUACGAUGCAACAAAGGCCGUCGUUCCCUUCUAAGGGCCGUCUGUUCGGGGAAAAAAGAGGUGAAUUUUACACUUCUAGGGCAGCAUGGUACAAUCGUCAACUCCAUUUAUGCUUGCCUUUAGAUCCAGUGUCGUCUCUCCGCUUUCCUCUCUUCCUUCCACUUCCACUUCCAGUUCCACCUUUCCCUCCUCCUUCUCCUCUCUUCUUCUUCCUCGCUCUUUCCGGCUGCAACAGAACAGCCGCAGACCGCCACCGAGCUGUCACCACGGUCCCUGGACGCCCAUCGUCAAGGACCGGAGUAAAGCGGCCUUGAUGUUGGGGAAGUUGGGUCAGAGCUUCAAUUCCGCGGGUAUCGCUUCCUCCGUCUCGGUCUUCCUCCGCGACCACCACCUUGCUCUCCCACACCUCUCUGUCCGCGACGUCCGCUCCAUCGACUGGAGGGAUCUCAAGAGACGGGGAUUCAAAGGGGUCGUAUUCGACAAGGACAAUACCCUGACCGCCCCUUAUUCCAACUUCCUCUGGCCUUCUCUAUCCAAUUCUCUCGAUGACUGCAAGUUGGUUUUUCAAGGGAACGUUGCCAUAUUGAGCAAUUCAGCAGGUCUCUAUCAGUAUGAUCCCGACGGUUCAAAAGCAGAAUCACUGGAGAAAUCGGUCGGAAUUAAUGUAAUAAGGCAUGGCAAUAAAAAGCCUGCAGGUUCAGCCGAUGAUAUAGAGAAGCACUUUGGGUAUAGUGCGUCCUUCCUUGUCAUGGUCGGUGACCGUGUUUUGACGGACAUUGUGUACGGAAACCGAAAUGGUUUUUUAACCAUCUUAACGGAACCAUUAAAUUCAACUGAAGAACCUUUGGCUGUCAAGCAGGUGAGGAAGCUAGAAACCUACUUACUGGACCUGUGGCGCAGAAAAGGAUUAAAGGCGAAAAGUCAUCCUCUUAUGUUGGAUGAAAAUCAUUGCAUCAAGAAUCAGAAGAUGUAGAGUACAUGGAUCUUAAGAUCGUCUUGCACCUUGGCCUUUCCUUUUGCAUCUCGCGUUAGAUAGCUCCGAAUUUAGCGUUGUUAAUCUGCGAUCGCUCCUGCACUGAAAUAUCACCUCCCCCUUAAGACAUUGCAAAUUUUGGAGUUGAUAUCCUUCCAUUUAUUACAUGACAGACGGAAUAGGAGUGAGCAUUGCUUGCAAUUUCUAAUCUCUUUGGAAAAGAGAAACAAUGGCCUUGUGUCCAAAUGUAAAUUAUUUGUUUUUGGUAUUCUUUUAAUCUGUUUCUAUAUCUCUUUAAUUGGGAGGCAAAUUUUGCAGCGAAUACUUGAAAGUUUAUUUGAUUAUCUUAUUUUUGAUUAAAAAGUUCUGAAUAAAAUUUCCUGUGCUUUAGAGGCUUCUUA